AUGUCGACAUCAUCCGCAUCCGGAGAGGCACACUUUGUCAUUGGUGGCGCUGGCUUCCUUGGCUCGCGUAUCGUUCUGGCCCUUUGUCAGCGCGGCGAAAAGCACGUUUCAGUCUUUGAUCUUCACCCUCCUCAACACCGCGUCGAAAAGGUCGACUACUUUACCGGCGACAUCACAUCCGAAUCCUCACUGCGAGAAGCUCUGAUCCAGGCGCGCGAUAAAGCCGGCAUUGAGGCUGGUGCCACGAACGGCGUUGUCAUCUACCACACUGCCAGUCCCGUCGCUGGUCUCGGUCCCCAAGUCUACCACAAGGUCAACGUCGUCGGCACGCAGACCGUCAUUGCGGUAGCAAACAAGCCUGAACUUGCCAUCACCAAGCUCGUCUUCACGUCCAGUGCAGGCGUCGUCUAUGACGGUCACGAUCUGAUCAAUGUAGAUGAGCGUAUCCCUUACCCCAAAAAGCCGCUCGACGCGUACAACGACACAAAGGCAAAGGCCGAACAGCUCGUUUUGCAAGCUAACAGCAAGCAACCAGGAAAGCUGAAAACCGUUGCUAUUCGCCCUGCCGGUAUCUUUGGUAUCGGUGACCGACAAGCGCUCCCCGGCUUCUUCAACGUGCUGCGUACGGGCAAGACCAAGUUUCAGAUUGGCGACAACAACAACCUCUUUGACUGGACCUACGUUGACAAUGUGGUUCACGCACAUCUUCUAGCAGCUGACAAGCUCAACGCUCCCGGAUAUGCUGCUGACAAAUUUGGAGACAUCAUGAUCUCGUCCAAGGUCCUCGCGGAUGACCAGCUCGAUUCUCAACGUGCUGUACCCACCAGCGAGGCCAGAGAUGACACUCCGACCGGCUCCACCGACUACGCCCGCAAGUUGGCCUCCACUCUAAGUCCCGAGACUCUCAAGCACGAGCUCAACGUUCGACCCGUGAUCCGUAACAAGUACGAUCAAUUCUUCCACCUCAUGAACCCAGACAUCGUCAGCCCAGGCAACCCACUUGGUGAUCAAUUCCCGCUCGUCGACGAGGCCGUUCCGGUUGCAGGCGAGGCCUUUUUUAUCACCAAUGGACAGCCCAUUCCGUUUUGGGACUUUCCACGCGCAUUGUGGGCGGGCAUGGGCCACGUCAUGCCAGAAUCAAAAGUUUGGAAGCUUUCCAAGGACACAGGGCUCAGCUUGGCCGGUUGGGCUGAAACCUUUGGAUGGCUGACCGGCAGAGAAGUACAAUUCACAAAGUAUAAGGUGACCUACUCGGCAAGCUCUCGAUACUACAACAUCGAAAAGGCGCGUAGAGCGCUCGGCUACUCGCCCAUCAUUAGCGUCGAAGAAGGUAUUCGAAGAAGUGUCGAGUGGUGGAAGAGCGAGCAUCCUGAAGACAUUGUUUCAAGCAAAGCUUAG